UCUUUCUUCUCUAACAGAUAUAGAAUUGUUAAAUUUGUGAAUCAAGGGUGUCUUCUUUGGUUUCCCUCUCUCUCUGUCUGUCACACACACACACACUUGUAUCCAAUUUCUUCUCUCCAUUUUUUUCUUGCACUUUUAUUGUAGGAUUACAUUGUAAGGAUGGAAGGAGAAGGAAAGGUGUCUGCAGAAAAUGAGAACCAAAACAGGUUCAAAAGAAUAUGUGUUUUCUGUGGUAGUAGAGUUGGAUACAAGUCUGCAUUCAGUGAUGCAGCUCUUGAGCUUGGUAAAUUGAUGGUUGAAAGAAGAAUUGAUUUGGUUUAUGGAGGAGGAAGAUUAGGGCUAAUGGGUUUGAUCUCUCAGACUGUGCUAAAUGGAGGUUGCCAUGUUCUUGGAGUGAUUCCAGAAGCUCUAUUGCCUCGUGAGAUAUCUGGAGAGACCUUUGGAGAAGUGAAAACAGUUGCAGAUAUGCAUGAAAGGAAGUCAACGAUGUUUGAACAUGCUGAUGCAUUCAUAGCACUUCCUGGAGGAUAUGGAACCAUGGAAGAGCUGCUAGAAGUGAUAGCCUGGUCUCAACUAGGAAUACAUGAUAAACCAGUGGGAUUGUUUAAUGUAGAUGGGUAUUUCAAUAGCUUGUUGAGCCUAUUUGAUAAGGGAGUGGAAGAGGGUUUUAUAGAAAACUCUGCAAGGCAUGUUAUGGUCAUAGCAGACACAGCAAUAGAACUGAUAAAGAAAAUGGAGGAAUAUGUUCCGGUCCUUGGUAUGGUUGCACCCAAAUAAAGUAGGGAAGUGAACCAAUUAUUAGAGGCUACUCAAAGUGGGGAACCCAUAGUAUCUUAAAUCUCGAUCGUCCAUCUUAGUAAAAUAUAAGAUAAUAUACAUAAUUCAAUUUAGUUUCAUUUUGCUGAGAAGAAAAUGACAGCAAAGUGCUCUGUCUCUUUCUCUGGUGCGCAUGUCUCAAGAUCCCACAUCUCAACUACCCUUUGUUGAGCAUGAAACAUGAAUGUUUCUCAUCAUGAUCAAAUUUCAAUGAUACUGAAGUUCAUGAGACUUAAUUAUCUCUUUUUGACAAAGGAUAUCAAAUAGUAUUUGUUUGGAACAACUUUUUAUGGA